AUGCAAAGGAGCGGGGAGUGCAAUCUCGUGCUGCUGCUGCUGCUCCCCCGCAAACCUUUACUUUUCCUCUGCUCGACGCGGGUAAAUGUAUCGGUCGUGUUCACGCGCUCCGCCCUUCAGGCUGAACAAGUCAGCGGCCUUUACACUUCACGAUGCCUCUUGGGCCACAGCGGAGUUAUUGAAUUCCUGGAGGUGGCCCUCGAGGCCAGGCUAGCAGCAACGGUGGAAAACGCGUCGCAGCAACCAUCCAUACGGAUUUGGAGGCUCCCGCCAGUUGAAUCGGAUAGUGAAGAUGUCCGGUGCACGGCGCUUGUUGGUUCAGACCGCCUUAACCGCCAGCAGCUCCAAGUUUGGGAACUUCAUGGCCUGUUGACAACUGGGCGCCCCAAUCUCCUCGCCCGUCAAGUUUCAGAUUUCCAGGAACUACGGCUUGUGAGCUGUGGAAAGGAGAACAUCCGUUUUUGGCGCAUUAAGAAUGGGCAUUUGCCCGGCUGCAAUGUCACGCUGGAUGGUCUUGGGAGGGGAAAUCUAUUCACAGACAUCGCCUUCGUGUUGCCGGAUCAAGCCACGAGGUCCAGUUCAAAAGGCGGCUUGAAUUCGCUGGCAAAGUUGUUGGCCUCGUCGACGUGCGGCAGUCUCCUUGAGAUAGACUACUUCACGCGAGCUGUAAGGCGGGUUUUCACAUUGCAUCAAAGCGCAAUUUGGGCCCUCUCAACAGGCCCCGGGUUUUGCGUGACGGCGUCUGCAGAUAAAACGGUAAAGGUGUGGCCUUUGAACUUCAUGGCCGCCUACUUCUCGGCUGUCCACGUGGCUUUAAGGGAACUCUACACAGUGUGCGAAGACGGCCUCGUGCGAGUAUGGACGCUUCCUCAAUUGAGUCAGACGUUCGAGAUGGAAAGUCCACAGGAUCCCCCUCUUUGCGUGGCUGCUCACCCAACCCAGCGAGCAUUAGCCUUAGGCUUUAAGAGCGGUGCAGUGCGGGUGCUAGCGGUUGAGGGCCCUGCCGUUUGGAUGGAGGCAAACCACCACAAUCAUCCCGUUACAGGAAUUUGGUUUGUCCACUCCCCCGAAGUUGCAACAGAUAUAGCGGAAUCGUGUACUCGUCAUAUUACUUCUCAGGAGCCCCACCAACAGCCGAGUAUCAUUGGCCACAGGGAACUCCUGCGAGCAGGAAAUGAAGUUCCCGGCCAAGGCUUUUUGGUGAUAUCCCUGGAUGCGUCCGGAUGCAUUUGCAUUUUCUCUCAACUCCACGAAUUUGCACUCAUUCGGAAGCUGGAAAACCCUCAGAUCGAAAAGCCCCCAGAAGGCGUUCCAGCACUUGUGUUUUCCAACGAUGGAUCUAAGGCUGUUCGUUACUUUUCUCACCGAACCUUGGGCUUUCUUCGCCUUCCUAAGUUCAAUUUCGAGGCAGAGUUCUGCCCCUUUUCUACCGCAUGCAAAUCGGUGGCGAUCACUACAUACUCCUUCUCGGCGUCCGGAGAUGCCCUGUGCGUCUGCGGCAGCGACUCGAGGAUGCGCGUAUUCUCCUUAAAGAACGAGGCGGGCACCACAAGCUUUCGUCAAAGCCGAGAAAUAGCACUUCUUAGCGGAUCCAUCAGCGUCGCAUGGAUCUCCUCGGCGGGUUCAGAAGAAAGCACCAUUCCUCCCGUCGGAGUUACUUGCGGGGAAGACAGCUUAAUUAAGGUGUGGAACCUUGCAAGACUCACCGCUGCCCCGGGAAACGAAGCAAGCAACCAGCCUGAAGGCAGUGCGUGGAAGGAGGCAGAUGGUUCAGCGAUGGUUGCGGAACCAAAUGCAAGCCAAAGCCUGAAGGCAUACCAGUCCUUCGCAGGUCACAACAGGCCGCCGUUUAUGGUGCAGCUCUUGGGGGACUAUUUGGUGUCUGUCAGCGCCACAGAAACAAUUACGUGGAGAGUCGGGUCUCCACUUCUUACUGCUGCUUCAGAUAUAACACCCGCAGGAAGCAUUGCGCUAUUGCCGCCACUGCAGGAGGGUUCGCCGUCCGCAGACCCCCUUUUACUCGAUUUCCACUCUCUACAGCAGCAACAGCAAAACCAGCAGCAGCCGACCUGUGAACCAGUGACACUGCCGCAACCGCAACAACCACCGCGGGCUCAUCCUCAACCUCUAAAGCAGCCCCUGCUGAAUCCGCUACAAGCAGCACAGACCACAACCGGGCUAACGGCCAUUUCCUGCUCCUCAAAUGACGCCUCUUUGACUCAGCAUCCUUCAACAAGCGGCCCAGCGGAGUCGCACCCGGGCCAUGCUGCUCCUCCAAGCAGUUCUUCCAUUGCUACUGCUGCUGCGACAAUCGCCCGUGCUGCUGAAACUGCCCGGUCUUCAGGUGUUGCUGACAAGACUCUGGACUGUGCUGCAGCCGUACAUUCUUCGCCUCUAGCAGCAGCGGCUGCGCAGAGGAUAAAUGGCGGGGAUCUGGCAGUCCCGGCUGCUCCGCUCUCGGCGGAUGGGUGCGAAGCUGACUCGGCUACAGUUGUCGUUGACACGCAGUCCCGGCUGCUCCGCUCUCGGCGGAUGGGCGUUUUGGCCCACGCUGUUGGGAGCUGGGUGCUGGUAGAACGGCUGUCUACCCCUGCAGCCUCUCAGGACGGGAAGUGUUUGGGCUUGCUGCCAGCCCUGCUGGGUCGAUCCGCGCAACAGCGAGUGCAACAGCAGCAAAUACAGGCAGAUUCCCCCAAGCGAAAGUCUCCAGCUCUCCAGAGGCAGCAGCGAGGGACUCAGUUGCUGCAGCAAUGCGCAGCAGCGGCACAUGCUCCCCGGAUUUCUGUUCUGAGGCAUCCGAUCGUUGGAGCUGCGAUUGCCUUCGCCAUCGACACCACCGCACGGCUUGCAGCCACAAUCAGCAGUAUGGACUUCAUCACCUUUAUCAUUUGUCUUUCAUGA